GACUGACUGACUGAUUGUGUCCCUCAGGUUGAGGCUGCCCGUGGGGUAUCAUGGCAGGGCUUCUUCCAUAGUGGUGUCUGGAACCCCCAUACGGAGACCCUCUGGACAGAUGAGACCCGACCAAUCUAAGCCUCCUGUGUUUGGCCAGUCCAAGCAGCUGGACAUUGAGCUGGAGAUGGCAUUCUUUGUAGGUGGAGGUAAUCGUCUUGGUGAACCCAUUCCCAUAGAGAGAGCCCACCAACACAUCUUUGGCAUGGUGCUAAUGAAUGACUGGAGUGCCAGGGAUAUCCAGGCGUGGGAGUACGUUCCUCUGGGUCCGUUUCUGGGGAAGAACUUUGGGACAACCAUCUCACCCUGGGUGGUUCCUAUGGAGGCCCUGCUGCCCUUCGCUGAGCCCAACACUGUCCAGGAUCCAAAGCCCCUCCCUUAUCUAUGCCAUGACGAUGCCUUCACCUUCAACAUUAACUUAUUUGUGUCAGUGAAAGGAGAGGCAAUGAAGGAAGCAGCCACUAUAUGCAAGUCCAACUUCAAGUAUAUGUACUGGACUAUGAAGCAACAGUUAGCCCAUCACACAGUCAACGGCUGUAACGUCAGACCUGGAGACCUGCUGGCCUCAGGAACCAUCAGUGGACCGGAUCCAGACAGUUUUGGUUCUAUGUUGGAGUUGUCGUGGAAGGGUUCUAAGACCGUGGACCUGGGAGGAGGAGAGACAAGAACCUUCCUAAAGGAUGGAGACGAGGUCACUCUUACAGGUUACUGUGAGGGGAGUGGGUAUAGGGUGGGUUUCGGACCGUGUGCGGGGACCAUUCUACCAGCCCUGUAACCCUGAGAAUCAUCUCCCCUCAAUGUCUCUUCCAUCCUGGGGGGAGUAAUGUUGUUACUGAAGUCCUUUAAAAGGGAAAAUCCGGGAUUUUAAAUACAACAAAUCAGUUGGAUGAAUGUACGUACCAAUCCAGGAUUGACCAUUUAAAUUUGAAUUGAGGAUUCUUGUUUAUCAUUCUAAAGUAUUGUUGCCAGAAGCAGUGUUAUAUUCCAUAAUGUUGUAACUUUGUGGUUUGGGACCUGACAUCUAAAAAACUAUAAAUGUUUCAACCCUCCUGUGACUUUCUGUUUUCUUUUCAUCCUGUUGACUUACUGAGUGACAUCUUCAUGGUGUAAAAUACUGUAGGUCAAAUAUGUGCAAAAGUACUGUAAAAUGCAUUAUAAUCUGGCAGUAUAAUUUAAUUUGACACUUUCCUUGAACAAUGUGCGUUAUUAAAAGGUGAUUAUUUAACUAGACUUUAAUAAACUGAGCGAUUCAUAAAUAGUGGCCUUUUUAUUUUGCAUUUUGCUGAAGUGGCAUAUUAAAACACAGAUUCUUUUGCACAUAUUUGAAUAUUGUUGCACCAUGAAAAUAUUGCCCACUGUCUAGGUACCCCUUACCUCACGAGUCAGGCCUGGUGUUCUCUUUUAGGUAAUAUCUGUAAUGAAUAUUAUGAAUAUGAAUAUUUACUAUGUUGUUGGCAUACCUAAUCAAUAAAGCUGUCAUGUGUUUAUGAA